UGGUCUCUCUCUCCUGCUCCAGUAACUGGAGGCGCAAGUUCCUUCUUCACCAGCCUUAACUUCAAGUCAAGUGUGGGCUGUGUUCUGCUGCUUCAGCCAUGGCACCUAAAAAGAACAAGGCGACCAAAAAAAGUAAAGGAGACAUAAAUGAAAUGACCAUAAUGGUUGAGGACAGUCCCGCCAACAAGAUCAAUGGGUUAAAUGCUCUGUUAGAAGGAGGAAAUGGCUUUAGCUGCAUUUCAACCGAAGUUAAUGAUUCGGCGUAUGCCCCUAAUCUUCUGGAAGGUUUAAGCAGCAUGAGACAUGAGAGCUUCCUCUGCGAUCUAACGGUCUCCACCAAGUCAAAGUCAUUUGAUGUCCACAAGGUUGUCAUGGCCUCCUGCAGUGAGUACAUUCGUAACAUCUUGAAGAAGGAUUCAACACUUCAAAAGAUUGAGCUGAACGACCUUUCACCUGUUGGCCUCGCCACUGCCAUCACCUACGCCUAUUCCGGAAAGCUGACCCUGUCACUGUACAGUAUUGGCAGCACUAUUGCUGCGGCUAUGCUGCUCCAGAUUGGCACCUUGGUGAAGAUGUGCAGUGAUUUCCUCAUGCAGGAGCUCAGCGUGGAGAAUUGCAUGUAUGUAGCCAAUAUUGCCGACGCCUACAGUCUUAAAGAAACCAAGGAGGCAGCUCAGAAGUUCAUGAGGGAGAAUUUCAUUGAGUUUUCAGAAAUGGAGCAGUUCCUGAAGCUCACCUAUGAGCAGAUCAGUGAGUUCCUCUCAGAUGAUUCCCUGCAGCUCCCCUCAGAGAUCACCGCCUUCCAGAUUGCCAUGAAGUGGUUGGACUUUGAUGAGAAGAGGCUGAAGUACGCAGCCGACCUCCUAACCCUCAUCCGCUUUGGCACUAUCACUGCCCAGGACCUGGUGAGUCAUGUCCAGAGCGUGCCCAGGAUGAUGCAAGACUCUGAGUGCCACCGUCUCCUUGUUGAUGCCAUGAAUUACCAUCUGCUGCCAUACCAACAGAACAUCCUCCAGUCACGCAGAACAAAGGUACGUGGUGGCCUCAAGGUGCUUCUCACAGUUGGUGGACGUCCUGCCCUGACAGAGAAAUCUCUCAGCAAAGAUGUCCUCUACAGAGACGUAGAUAACGUUUGGAACAAGUUGACAGAAAUGCCAGCAAAGAGCUUUAAUCAGUGUGUGGCAGUCUUGGAUGGCUUCCUCUAUGUGGCAGGUGGCGAGGACCAGAAUGAUGCAAGAAACCAGGCUAAACAUGCUGUUAGCAAUUUCUGCAGAUAUGAUCCCCGCUUCAAUACCUGGAUUCACUUGAACAACAUGAUCCAGAGGCGCACCCACUUCAGCCUCAACACUUUCAAUGGCCUCUUGUUUGCCAUUGGUGGAAGGAAUGCUGAUGGUGUUCAGGCCUCUGUGGAGUGUUAUGUGCCUUCCUCCAACCAGUGGCAGAUGAAAGCUCCUAUGGAGGUGCCACGCUGCUGCCAUGGCAGCUCCGUCAUCGAUGGCAAGAUCCUUGUAUCUGGAGGUUACAUCAACAACGCCUACUCCAGGGCUGUGUGCUCGUAUGACCCGUCCACUGACACCUGGCAGGAUAAGAACAGUCUCAGCACACCUCGAGGAUGGCACUGCGCUGCCACUGUGGGAGACCGAGCCUAUGUCAUGGGUGGUAGUCAGUUGGGAGGUCGUGGGGAGAGGGUGGAUGUCCUCGUCGUUGAAUCUUACAACCCUCACAGUGGGCAGUGGAGCUACUGCACGCCUCUUCACACAGGGGUGAGCACAGCUGGCAUUUCCAAUUUGAACAACAAGGUCUAUCUCCUUGGAGGCUGGAAUGAGGGAGAGAAGAAGUACAAGAAAUGCAUUCAGGUUUUCAACCCUGACCUCAAUGAAUGGACUGAGGACGAUGAAUUGCCGGAAGCUACAGUUGGCAUUUCAUGCUGUGUCGUCACCAUACCCACAAGGAAAACACGAGAGUCCAGAGCCAGUUCAGUUUCAUCUGCACCAGUCAGUAUAUAAGGGUUUCAUUUAUUAGAAUUCUGUAUUUUACAUGUCCAAAGGUCUCCAGCUUUACUUGGUUCUCAACUGUACCAACAGUUAAUUCAUUGGGACUACAUUUAAUUUAACUUUCUUUUGAUUAGCAAAAUGCAUGGGAACAUGUUCCUAUAAAAAAAGUUGACAAAAAAAUCUGUUGAUUUAAAGGUAAUUAAAGCCAGUGCAACUGA